AUGUCGGACAAGAAGGAGGUGCUCCACUCGGAGGCCAUCCUCGAGAAGUACGGCAAAGCUCUCGAAGGAAAGACAAGUAUCAUGAAGCUCAUCCAUCACAAGCCCACGUACCUGACCAGCAUCGAUUCAAUUCUAGUUCUCAUCACCGGCGUCACUCCCUAUUCAAUUGCUGGCUACCUAGACAAUAUGAAAUUGGCUAAGACUGACGACCUCGUCUGCAUGGCUGGAGUCAUGAAUCCCCCAUACGGCAAGACCAAAGAUGGAAUUGAACAGCAGCUUGCUGUGAACUACCUCGCAAACUUCUUGCUCAUUGGUUUGCUCUGGCCAAAGGUUGUGGCUGCCGGCGAUAACUCGUCUAUUGUUGUCGUGGCUUCGUCUGCCGUUCGGGUGGGAAAGAUGGACUGGGAAGAGUACAACGUCCGUGGAUUGAGUGCGAGGUUCCAGGGGAUGGGACUGAGGAUCCGCGCUUUCAGUGUUGAUCCUGGUGCUGUUCGUGCGCCAUUGCUGCGACACUCUUCUCCUGAGUUUUUGCUGGGUAAUAAGGAGCAGAGAGUCGGGACGUAUGAUACCGUCUAUCUUCAGGAGCUAUCACACAAGAGAAUAAUUUCAUUACUAGCGCUCCAUGGCAUCGAUGGCAAUCCAUUUGAAGUUCUGCGAUGGACUUCUACUUCUGAGGGCGCUGCCACCAUAAUCACUGCCCCGAUAGACCCUACCAUCGCAGAGUACAGCGGCUCCUGA